UUGUUUAUGGUCAGCAUGGCUGGGAAGUGAAAUACGGGUCUUCUGAGAUCUGUGCCGUAAAAGGAUCAACGGUGGAAAUGAUAAGCUCAUAUAAACAUCCAUCAGACUUUAAAGUUGAAAGGGCGUUUUGGUUUACACAAAACCCUGAAAAUCGCUAUAAUGAUCUAAAAUAUGACCCAAACUAUUCAAACCGUUCGGAAUAUCACUGUCAAAACAAAAUCUGCAGCGUUAAAAUAAAAAAUAUAACAGAAAAUGACAAAGCCGUCUACAAAUUCCGCUUUUUGACAAACAAUUCUGAUGGGAAAUAUACUGGUGUACCAGGAGUUUCUUUGUCUGUCACAGAUUUAAAUCUGCAGGAAAGAGUAUACAUCACUAGUCGGACUCAAAACUUUGUGUGGUUUAUGUUAGAAUGUCAAGCCAGCUGUGAUUUCCAUGGUACUCAAUCCUACAUUUGGUCAAAAAAUAAACAGGAGGAUUCUCAUCAAGUGUCUAAAUACUAUUUAGUCCCGUUGAAUCAAGCAGACACUGUAUCCUGUGGUGUCACAAGUGGUGGCUUAAGGAGUCCGAGUGAGUUUAGAGAGUUUACGCCUUCAACUAAAAUGUGUAGCUUCAGUGGAUCAACUGUGAAAAUAAGAUGCCACCCGGGAUUUUGCUCCGCAACUGUGGAGUAUGACACUCACUGGGCAAAAGGUUCAGACUUCAAAGACCGAGUUAAAUUUGCCUGUGAUAAAAACGACUGUACUCUGUCCAUCUCAGACCUCAGAGACAAUGAUCCAGAUGAGUUCUUUUUUACUUUUACCCAAAUGCAAAGAGAAGAAAGAUCUUCAAUUGGAUUAACUUUGUCUACAAACAACCACCUUGAGCUGGUGUGUACCAGCAACUGUCAGCUGCCUGAUAAUGUUGUCUUCCAAUGGUACAAGAAUGGGCAGACACUUCAUGAAAAAACACAGAACAUGAUUCUGAGAGAAACUUCUCUUUUAGACUCUUACCAAUGUGCUUUACAAGGACACUCGCACAGAUCUCUUCAAGUUUAUGCUCCAAGGAAUAUGUUGGUGACUCCUUAUGGUGAAAUAAAGGAGGACUCGUUGGUUAACCUGACCUGCAGAUGUGAUGCUCACCCAGCUGCUACCUUUGCUUGGUACAAGAUGGACAGAGGUCCAUCAAAUCCACUGAUUCUGGACAUUAUCAGUGCACAGCUGAAAAUGAUCUUGGGAAGAAUUCUGAAGAAAUAUUCAUUGACGUCUGUCUCUGUCUCAGUGAGUCCCUCUGGAGACAUAUUAGAGGGCCAAUCAGUGACUCUGAACUGUAGCAGUGAUGCUAAUCCAUCAGCGCGUAAUACCUGGUACAAAAAAACGACAAAGUGGUUUCUGUUGAACCACAUGGUAUUUACAGUAUUAUUUCUGUCAAGUCUGGAAACACUGGGGACUAUUACUGCAAAUGCCCCAAAGCGCCCCUCUCUGUCAAUUAGUCCCUCGGGUGAGUUAUUGGAGAACAAUGAAGUUACACUGACAUGUAGUAGUGAUGCUAAUCCACCAGCUAAUUACACCUGGUACAAGAAGGGCAAACGCUUACCAGAAGGUUCAGGACACAACUUCAUCAUCACCAAAACAAGACUUGACCAGAGUGGAUAUUAUUACUGUGAAGCCCAGAACAGAUGGGGGCGUCAUAACACCACCAUACAUCUGACUAUUGUGCCAGAUCCCAUCUAUUGCAACAUCAGACCAGUUGGAGCCCACAAGCUGAACGAGGAGGAAGAUGAAAGUGUAGAGUACAGUGUUGUCAAGUUUUCCAAUACACAAUCUGUUUCA